CCUUUGCAAUCCGCCAUAAAAACUGCAGGCGCCAAUACUUGAUCUCCAGCAGAAACAAUGUGGUAACUGCCUAACCUUUGGGGGAGACUUGAACCAGGGCCUGGGCUUGGGCACUGGGAGAUGGAGAUUACACAAGAACCCGGGGACCCAAAGGGCUGCGGGAGAGCUUUUUGAAUGACCCCUCAAAGCCCUAGGCCAGGUGAGGAAUCUGUGUGUACGGGCAGCACGUCUCAGCUCUGCGAGUUUGGAACCGCGCUCACCGCCCUGCAGGCCGCGCUACGCUGUGGACUACAUUUCCCAGAAGGCUCCGCUCCCGGGCGGCUGUACUUUGAAUCAGGGCGUGUCUGGGUAGAGCCGAGGCGGGAGAGCAUCGUUGGGAUCCGCUCCUCCCCCCGCGGCUGCGUUGCUGCAGCCGCUGCCCAGCAAGAUGAUCGGGGUCCUUUUUCUGCUCCUCCUCCUUCCCUUGCUCCUGUACAUCGCUGCACCCCAAAUCAGGAAAAUGCUGUACAGUGGGGUGUGUACAUCAACCGUCCAACUUCCUGGGAAGGUAGCUGUAAUCACUGGAGCGAACACAGGCAUUGGCAAGGAGACAGCCAAAGAGCUGGCUAAAAGAGGAGCCCGUGUAUAUUUAGCUUGCCGGGAUGUACAAAAGGGGGAAUUGGUGGCCAAAGAGAUCCAGAUUAUGACAGGGAACAAACAAGUGUUGGUGCGGAAACUGGACUUGGCAGAUACUAAAUCUAUUCGAGCCUUUGCUAAAGAAUUCUUAGCAGAGGAAAAGCAUCUCCACAUUCUGAUCAACAAUGCAGGAGUGAUGAUGUGUCCCUAUUCCAAGACAGCAGAUGGUUUUGAAAUGCACAUAGGAGUCAACCACUUGGGUCACUUCCUCCUGACCCAUCUGCUGCUAGACAAACUGAAAGAAUCAGCCCCAUCCAGGGUAGUGAAUCUGUCUUCCUUAGCACACCACAUGGGAAGGAUCCACUUCCAUAACCUGCAUGGUGAGAAGUUCUACAGCUCAGGCCUGGCCUACUGUCACAGCAAGUUGGCCAAUAUCCUCUUUACCCAGGAAUUGGCCCGAAGGCUAAAAGGCUCUGGUGUCACAACGUAUUCCGUGCACCCUGGCACCGUUCACACGGAACUGAUUCGGCACUCAACUCUCAUAAGAUGGAUGUGGCGGCUUUUCUCCUUCUUCAUCAAGACCCCUCAGCAAGGAGCCCAGACCACCCUACACUGUGCCAUAUCGGAAGGCCUGGAAGGCCUGAGUGGGCGUCAUUUCAGUGACUGCUCUUUGGCCAGGAUCUCUGCCCAGGGUCAAAAUGAGACGAUCGCAAGGCGGCUAUGGGACGUUAGCUGUGACCUGGUGGGCAUCCCUAUGCAUUGACAGGUGGUGUUAGUUGGACCCAAGAGAAGCCUGCAGCAGACUACACCUUGCUAAAGUGAUCUUCCUUCAGGAUGGUUAAAACUUGGAGCACAAAGAGAGUAGCCUUUCCACCCUUGCCUGUGAUAUCUGAUAAAAGCCCAGUUCACUGCCAGAUUCAUUUGAAUGCCUUGCAUUUGUCCAGAUUUAGUUUGCUCCUUUUACUGUCAGUUCAUAGAGAUACCUUGAGAAGACUCUAAUAUGACCUGCAAUCUCCUAUUUUCCCUUUGAAACCUACUAUCUAGAAGAAUCUAAGCUAAAGCAGGGUUGAUUUAUGACAAUUUGGACUAGUUACUACUUUCUUUAUUCACAGUGUAUUUUCUCCCAACCAGCCAACUUUCAAGAGGGCCACACUGAGACUCCAGGUUUGGUUUCAGAUCAGGGUUCAUCCAUUAUUCCUAAGAAUGCCAUCAUCUGAAUUCUUUCAGGUAACUCUUACCUGAAGCUGGAUUGUGACUUGGCUUUACCGCUGACAAACUAAAGUCACUGCUAGUAAGAUACUCGUCAUGUCUAGAUCAUGGAAGAGCUUCCUUUUCUAAGAAGCUUGUGUGGUUUGAGGAAAAGGAGAAAUAAGCAAUGGUUUAAAUGGUCAUUUUCAUGCUGUUUCUGAGACCAACGAUAUAAUAGUGAAAAGAGCAGUUUGAGAAGACAGACACCUAACCCCAGACCCAUGAAGGCCUCCUUUCUGUGCCCUAGUUUCCUUUAGAAAAUCACAAGACAGGGCCUCCCUGGUGGCGCAGGUGGUUGAGCACAGCGCUGUGAAGCUGUUUGCAGCCUCUGCAGCACAGGUUCGAACCCAGCCGGCCGGCAAGAAUCCCCCAUGGCAAAGCAGACCUCUACUGUCUCGCCUGCUGCUCCCCUCAGCAGUGUAUUUCCUCAGGCUGCCUGUUAUGUUCCCCAUUCUGUCUCUGGUGAGUCCUCUCACCCUCCUGCGCAUCUGGCCUGUACCCUGGUUCUUGUAUAAAAAUAAAUAAAUCUUUAAAAAAAAAAAAAGAAAAUCACAAGACAGGAAAGGCUACUUGGUGACUGUUUUCGUGUAUUUAUGCAGUUGGAAAUAUGUUCAUAGAAUUCAAAAUGAUCAUAAACAGUUUUAAACUGGUAAGUGAUCAGAGGUGGAAUCAUGCAGUCUUUGAUGCAAGUCUUUGACUGCGAAAAGAAGCAACUCUGCAUAUGUUUGUGACUACCCAUCAAGAAAGGUAUGGAUAGCGUGAAGAAAUCCAAAAAAAAAAAUCCUGGGAGAUAAUGCAUGCAAUGAAGGAAUUAAAGACUUAACAAAAAGAAAGAAAAAGGUAAUAUCCAGCUCUAGAAGAAAUGAGGGUGAGCACCUGAGUUAACAAGACUGCUAAGACACUAAUCUUAACCAGUAUCCAUCAAUCAAUGUGGUGGGGUGGGUGGGUGGAAAGACACAAAACAAAUGAAAACAAAGCAACCCCAAUUCUUUGUUCUCAAAAAUUAUCAUAAGGAUGGAUAUUGAUAAUUAUAGUCAAUUUAGUAAUCUUUCAAGGCAUUCCUUAUAUUAGGAAUAUGGGACCUCCCCUGGUGGCUCAAUGGUUGAGCGCUGGGCUGCGAAGCUGCCUGCAGUCUUUGCAGUGCGGGUUCGAUCCCCGGCUGCUGGCGAGGGUCCCACAUGGCGCGCAGACCUCUCCUGCUGCUCCCCUCAGCAAUAUAUUUCGCCAGUCAGCCUGUUCUGUUCCCCACACUGGCUCUGGUGAAUUCUCUCACCCUCCCACGCUUCUGACCGUACCCAGUGCUUGUAUAAAUAAAUAAAUAAAUCUUUUUUUUAAAAAAAAGAAUAUGUCUAUUUGCUAAAUGCCAACGUUUUAUUUGGAGAGCUUUUAUCAGAAAUAAUACUGUCAUAGGAAGUCUAAGGAAUUGGUCAUUCACUACUUGUUUGGAGUAUGCUAUUUUAAUUAGAGUUUAUAAUUGUUGGACCAUUAUAUGUUCACUUUGGUAGGGAUGAGUUUAUAGGACCACAAUCUUCUCACAAAUGUAAAUAAUCUUUUGUUGAACUUGUUUUGACCAUUAAACAUAUAUUUAGAAAAUGUCGUUUUAUGGAAAACCUUUGAUAAUAAUGUAGUAAAAUAAUAUUUUACUUAAUAUAUA